AUCGCCUGACGUAGAAGGCGCGCCGGAGUGCGUGUACUGCGCUACCGGGGGCGGAACGGCUCUCGGCGGAAGUGAUCGCUGCGUGAAUCGUGGGUGUGAUGACCGCGCUUCGGCUCUAUCUAAGGCUGCUGCGAUCAUCCUCCAAAUCCAUGGCUCAGAGCCCAGUCAAGGGCGGGCCCCCCUCCAGGGGUCUGCACGCGGGGCGCGGGCCCCGAAGGCUCUCCAUCGAAGGCAACAUUGCUGUGGGAAAAUCCACCUUUGUGAAGUUACUCACGAAAACUUACCCAGAGUGGGACGUAGCUACAGAACCUGUAGCAACGUGGCAGAAUGUCCAGGCUGCUGGCACCCAAAAAGCCUGCACUAGCCCAAAUCUCGGAAACUUACUGGAUAUGAUGUACCAGAAUCCAACACGAUGGUCCUACACAUUCCAGACAUUUUCUUUUAUGAGCCGCCUGAAAGUACAGUUGGAGCCCUUCCCUGAGAAGCUCUUAGAGGCCGAGAAGGCGGUACGGAUCUUUGAGAGGUCUGUGUACAGUGACAGGUAUAUCUUUGCAAAGAAUCUUUUUGAAAAUGGUUCCCUCAGUGACGUGGAGUGGCAUAUCUAUCAGGACGGGCAUUCUUUUCUCCUGCAGGAGUUUGCCAGCCGGCUCAGAUUACAUGGCUUCGUCUACCUCCAGGCUGCUCCCCAGGAAAAGAUGGGGCAAGAAGGGAAGAGAACAAAGACUCCGCAGCCUUGGGAAUGCUGUACACUGCAUUUGGGGAUGGAGUUCACAUCUGGGAAUAAAGUGUCAGUGUUUGAAGGAACAGAGUCCUGAGUCAGUGCUUUACUCCACCUGUUCUUCCCAGGACAGAGGACACUGAGUGUGAAAGGCAGAGAGAGGAAGGCAGGCCGUUGAGGCCAAGCAGACCUUUAAGCAGAUGUCGUGCAAGGGGAAGGCGCAUGGUCUGUAGCAGGUGGGAGGCCAGUCUGGCUGAAGCAGCAAGUCCAGGGGAGGAGCUGAGGAAGCUGACAGUGGGGCAUUAGAAGGGGCAACCACACUCUGGGAAUGGCCUUGUGUGGCCGAUAAAGGAGAAGGGGACAUUCUCUGGGCCUGUCAGCAUAAGGGACUGUGUACACUCUGGAAACAGUUGGGGACCGAGAGCUCAUCUCAAGCCUCACUUUUUUACGUCUUUACCCUUGACCUACGCAGAAUUUGCAUUCUGCCCCAGAGCAGGUGUUUGAUGUGAUAGGAAAGAGAUGUUUCAAAUCGCUGACUCUUUUGUACCUGUAGUGUUGCUCCUACUUCCUUGCACUGGGGCCGAUGGCUAUGGGCAGUAAGGACCCUGAGAAGUAUUUUAAGCAAGGAGAGUGAUACCAUUACAGUCAGCCCUCCGCGUCUGCCGAUGUGGGACCCGCCCAUGUGGAGAGCCAGCCCGCUGUCACUUUAGAUGUGUAAGGGACUUGAGCCACCUUGGAUUUUGGUACCUGCAGGGGGUCCUGGGACCAGCCCACCCGCCGUUACCGAGGGACCGCUGCCUAACUCGGUGCUGUGGGAGGGUGGGCUGAGCGGGAAGACUGGGGCGAAAGACACCUUUGGCUGGGAGCUUGACAUUCUCUCUGCUGUGGAUCCUCCCAGGGACCCAUGGGGUUGAUGAAAGUGAGCAAGUGGAAGGCCACAACACCUGCACCGCUGCUGCCUGGUGAAGCUGGGGACUUAAUCCUGGACCUUCUGAUUUUGAGGCCUGUGCUCUUGCCACACGCUUCCCCGUCUCCAGGGCAGAGAGCCACAAGGCUCCUGCCCCGUACUUCAUGGGAAAGCUGGUGGGGGCCUGACCAGGGCAGAGGUGAGGGAGGGGCAAAGAAAGAACCAGCUGGAGAGAGAUUGAAGAGAAUUCAGUGACUUCCUGGAUGUGACUGGGAGAAGGAAAAAGAAGGGUAAUUCCAGGUCCCCAGGGUCCUGAAGUAAUGGGUGCCGUUCCCCUGGGAUUGAAUAAGAACACAAGGCGGCAAAGGCGAAGUCAGUGAGGUGCCCAGGGUGGACGUGGGGAGUGGGUCUGAGCGCCACUGCCCCCCACCCCAGGCUCCCCUGGAACAGCUGAGCUAACUGGUGGCUCAGCAGAGCUUGGGGGCUGUC